CCUCCAACCACGCAAUAUCCCAAUCACUCGAGGAUGCUUCCUCCUCGCAUCCCUGUUUCUCGAAUACCGGGACCCAGCCGCUCGCUGCGGUCCCCGGUGCCGCACAGCUCCCUAGCCCUCAUUCGACGACCUUUUACACAUACCUCGCGACAAUUGAUUAUUUCCCCGCCGCUUGGUCGCCCACAGCUCGCCUUCCUCUCGCCCACAUCCACCAGCUAUCCUCUCCCCCCAUUGUCCAUCCACCUCCGCCAACAUUUCGCCCGCCUCGUCUCCACCGAAAGCCGCAACUACUACCGCCGACGGUUCUCUCGCAGUCUGAAGCUCGGUCUCUCAUUCACCGCCAUCUUCGCCCUCUUUCAGAUCAUGAAAUACGGCAUCUACCAUGCCGAGAACGAGUAUCAAUGGCCUACGCCAGAUGAAUGGUCGUGGAAGAGCCGCUGGUGCCUCCGGUCCGCGCAAGCCCACCAGAACCCGGAGAAGAUCGGUAAGCUGAUGACCGAUUGGGCCAUGGUCGCGAGCUUCCUGAAGACCCUGCUCGAACGCCUGGAGGACCCGGCAAUCGAAGGGCAGGGCCUGGUGGAAACAACCGAGGGUGGAGAUCUGGUGGAAGGGGUCUGGAAGCCGGUCUACGACAUCACGGCCAAGAGCGAGCCGUGGCGCCGCGGCUACUUCCAAGCGCUGAUGAGCGCCGCCAAAGCGGCCGAGUCCCUGGAGGGCUGGAUGACGGACCUUAAGCAGGGGAUCUCCGCGCCGGCGGACUUCGUCGUUGGGCCGUCGAACCCGCGGCCGAAGCCCAUGCCCACGAAGCAGAAGAAGGUGCUCCACGAGGAGGACUGCGAGCCGGCCAUGCCGAGCCCGCAGAGCUUCUACGUCAAGAUCCUCAAGACUCGCGGCUUCACCACGGGCCAGCAGGUGGACGCCGCGCUCGCCUACGCCGACUGGCUCGACUACAAGGGCCUCGAGAGCCACGCCGACGAAGUGUACCAGCAAGCGAUGGACAUCGCCGCCGCCGGCGCGCCCAACCCGGAAAUCGUGGCGGACCCGCAGACCGGCCUCCUCCGCAACACCGACAGCCAGCACCUUCCGUCCGCCAACAUCCUCCGCGUCUCGACCGCGAUGGCCGUCCACCAGGCCCGCCGGGGCGAUCUCUCGACCGCGCUGUCGACCUUCACCUCAAUCCUCAAAGCCCGCCGCUCCAUCCCCGCAGACGUCGGCGAGGCCCCCAUCGCAUCGACCCGCACCCUCCCGCGCUCCAACGACCCCUUCCGCUCCCUCGUUAACAAGCUCCAAACCACCCUCCUCCCAGCCCCGUACCCACCCGCACCCCCAACCGGCAACGCCCCUCCCGCCCGCACCCCAGCCGCCAUCUGCGACGAAGCCGCCCUAAUGACCUACAUCGGCGAGAUCAUCUUCGCCUCCUCCUCCAAAGAAACCGGCCUCGCAUGGACCCGCGACGCCGUCGACAUCGCCGAAAACGUCCUGCACGACCUAGAAGCAGCCACCACCGCGCACAACCCAGAUCCAGAUGCCCACACCCGCUGCGCCGACUGUCUCCGCGUCGGCCUCGCCAACUGGAAGAAAAUGGUCACCCAGCUCCUCGCGCACGCCGAACGCGAAGAAUCCGAGGCUAUCGCGCAGGCGGCGGCCGCCGCCGGCACUACUACUACUCGCAAAUCAUCCUCCUCCUCCUUCUCCUCGUGGUUCAGUCGCAGCAGCACCAGCAAGGCUGAAGAACUCGUCAGACAGAAAUCCCUACAGCGCAGGCUGUGGGAGUCCGAGCAAGAGGUUCUCAAUGAGCGUCGCGCUAGACUCGAUUGGCUGGUUGAGGAUUAUUCGCCUUUUGAGGGGUUGGCGCCUAAUGCUUCGUUCUUUACUUAGUUCCUUUGGGCGUCUUUUUUUUGUGGGGGUUGUUGGGGAUGUCGUUUGUCUGGCUUCUUUGGGUAAGUUGGAAAAGCAGUUAGCCGUCUUCAUGAAGGUUAUUCGGUGAAGCAGUUUGUGAGGAUCCAACCUAAGCUUAGGAUGGUGGUUGGUUGUUUGUUUGUUUGUUUGCCGGUUGGGCUGGUUUGUUUGGACUGCGUGGACGUUGGUUGCAUGCGCGGCACGCGGGCUGGAGUUUCGGGUGGGUUGGUUGCUUUGCUUUGCAUUGUACAUAAUCAAUAUAGGAUUUAUCGAG